AUGUCGGUGUUGGGAUGGCGUUGCUUUGGGUGUUUGGAGCAAGAGAGGCAUGCUCUCUUGACUCUCAAAGCCAACAUCAAUUACCCUUAUUUUGACGCCGAUGGCGAUUUGCCAUCUUGGGAGGCAGAAUCGGCUCUUAGCUGUUGUGAAUGGGAAAGAGUUGAAUGCAACAACUCAACUGGGCGUGUGACUGGACUAUCUCUAGCCGGAGCAAUGACUGUAGACGUAGAGUUCGUAGAUGGAAGCCCGUCAUGGUUUGAAGAAGAAGACGAGGAAGUCGGAUAUUUCAAUGGCUCUUUGUUUCUUCCCUUUGAAGAACUCGUGAAUCUUGACUUGAGUGACAAUAAUAUAUCUUCUUGGCCUCAAAAUGAAGGAUUUGAAACCCUCUGGAGAUUAGGAAAUCUUGAAGUCCUUGACUUAAGUGAUAAUUACUUCAACUACAGUAUAUUACCAUCCUUAAGUGGGCUUUCUUCGCUCAAGUAUCUAUAUCUUGCACGGAAUCGGCUGGAGGGAUCAAAUCAUUCUGACAGUUUUAGAGGACUAGCAGGCUUGAAGAAUCUGCAGGUCCUCGACUUGAGUGGAAACUUGUUGAAUAGAACCAUUCAAUCAUUAUUAAGAUUAGAUGACUUUGUUAGUUUGAAGUUGUUGGAUUUAAGUUCUACCCAAAUCAAAAGCUUUGAACUCGUCCAAGGAUUAUCAAGUCUAAGCAAUUUGGAGGAUUUAUAUUUGGGUGGGUCCUGCCUUGACGACAACUUUCUGCAAAGCAUUGGAGUCUUGGCAUCGCUUAACGUCUUGGCUUUGUCUAAUUGUUGCCUCAGAGGCAAUCUACCUACUCAAGGAUUGUGCGAACUGAGAAACCUCCAAGAGCUAGAUCUUAGUGGAAAUCAACUUGAAGGGGCUCUUCCUCCAUGUUUGGGAAACUUGAAAGAUCUUCGAGUACUCGAUCUCUCUGAUAACCAAUUGACUGGAAAUAUCGCCUCAUCUCCCCUCAUUACUCUUACAUCACUUGUAUAUCUUUCACUUUCAUCCAAUCACUUCCUAGUUCCACUCUCGUUCGGGUCAUUUGUUAACCAUUCCAACCUCAAAGUCAUUUUUUGUGAUAACAACCUAUUCCUUGCAGAAAAUGAAUCGACCACUUGUGCACCAACGUUCCAACUCAAUUUUCUCUCACUCUCAAAUGGAACCAAGGGCAAUUACGGUAUAGCUUUUCCAAGCUUUCUGUAUUGCCAAUAUGACUUGAGAAUUGUCGAAAUCUCCCACAACAACUUGAAUGGAACAUUUCCCAGCUGGCUGCUAGAGAAUAAUGCAAGACUGGAGGGUCUAUAUCUAAGUGAUAACUCCCUUGUUGGGCCUUUGGAAUUUCCAUCUCAUCCUCACCUCAACAUUUUAGCCAUAGAUAUCUCCAACAAUGAACUAGGCAGCCGGAUUCCACCAAAUAUAAGCCUAAUGUUUCCAAACUUGACUGAAGUACGUAUGUCUGGAAAUGUAUUUGAGGGAAAUCUUAUCACUCAUCUUUUCCGUGAUAUGAAUGACUUAUGGUUUAUAGACUUGUCUAACAAUCUUUUGUCAGGAGUUUUGCCGGACUACUUUACAACACGUUGCGCUACUUUGAAUAUCAUCAGAUUAUCAAACAAUAAUUUGUCUGGAAAAUUGUCUCCUAGUGUUUUUAAUCUAACUUCAUUGGUCAGUCUGUAUUUGGAUGGAAACAAUUUUACAGGAAAUAUCCCAGAAAGUUUGUCUCUUUCUGUGUUGCAGACACUUGACAUUAGUGAUAACCACUUCUCAGGGAAUCUUCCCAGAUGGAUUGUAAAUAUAAGUGGUUUAAGAGAAUUAGUGAUGCCAAAAAAUCAUUUCCACGGUUCCAUUCCGUUAGAGUUUUGCCAACUCCAGAACCUUUGGUUUUUGGACCUUUCCAAUAACAAUCUCACUGGAUUUGUACCAUCUUGCCUACUCAACAUUCGACAUCUUUACCUGCGUAGAAAUAGGUUAGAAGGUCCAAUGCCAGAUGGAAUUGCUGCGUAUUCUUUUUUGAUAACGUUAGACCUAAGCGAGAACUCUCUUUCUGGGAUCAUUCCAACUUGGUUUAGCUCCCUUUCUUCAUUAACCAUUCUUCUCUUGAAAUCUAACAAUUUCCAAGGUGAUAUUCCUAGUCAGUUGUGCCAAUUAGACCGAUUGGCAAUGCUUGAUGUUUCUCGAAAUAAUCUUUCUGGUUCGUUGCCACCUUGCUUGGGCAAGAUAAAUCGUUUUGGAACCAAUGACAUGACACUCCCUUUUUAUGUAGCGGGUGGGUUCAUUUUGAAGCAAUCGUUUUUGUUCGUGAAUAGCACAAUGUUAUCCCAAACAAGAAAAGACUCCUGGCGCUAUGAUUCUCCAAACGGCUAUGGAAAAUAUGAUUUGAAACAAGUUGUGGUGUUCAACACUAAGUGGAAUUCCUAUUCUUACAACGCCAAAAUCCUCUCCAUCAUGUCAGGCAUUGAUUUCUCUUUCAACCAAUUUACUGGUGAAAUCCCACCUGAAAUUGGAAACUUGAGCCACAUCCGUGCACUGAACUUGUCGCAUAACAAUUUAUCCGGGCCCAUUCCGGCAACGUUCUCAAACCUGAGGCAAUUAGAGAGUUUGGAUCUUUCUUACAACUUCUUGAAAGGGGAAAUCCCCUCUCAACUAGUUGACUUGAACUCCUUGGCAGUCUUCAGCGUGGCACACAACGACUUAUCAGGUAAAACUCCAGACCGGAAGGGUCAAUUUGCGACUUUUGAGGAAAGUAGCUAUGAUGAGAAUCCUCUUCUCUGUGGACCUCCACUGCAUAACAGUUGCAAUAAGAUUGUGGCACAGCCGCAGGUGCCAAACGCCCCAGAGAAUCAGGAAGCAGAUAGUUGGUUAGACGCGAAUGCUUUCUACGGGAGUUUUGUUGGUUCGUACAUAACAGUCUUGCUCGGAAUCAUUCUGGUUCUUUAUAUCAAUCCUUACUGGCGGAGGGCAUGGUUCAACCUCAUUGGACUGUGCUUGACAGAAAGCUACUACUUUGUUGUGGAUAACUUUCCCAGGCUGUCCAUGUUCCGAAAGACAUAGCUGAAGCCAAUGUACUAGUUGUGACUUUGUUUGUGUCCCUUUUUCUCAAGGUUCAUCCAAUAAAUCUUUACUCUCUGUUUAGCUUCUGUACGUUAAAGCUUGUUCCUCUGUAACGAAAGUGCACUCAAGGUGACGUCUUUUUAACGAUUGAAGUUCCUUUGUAAAUGUAAACUUUGCCAAGGUUUUUAACUGGUUUUGUGGAUUCUCUUUUGUCUGUGUUCGAUUUGAUUGGAUAUGGAUAUAAUAUAUCUAUGGUGUU